AUGACGCGACACACCGACCGAUCCAGCUCACCAGAGAAAGAACACCGCAAACAACUUGAGAUCAUAAACGAAGAAACUACCCAUGGCGAAUCAGUGGCUCAGUACAGUCAUGAAAAUGACAUCCCCGCAGCCCAGAAAAGGAUAGAAGCAAAGGUGCUACGAAAGGUCGACUACCGCUUAAUCCCCAUCCUCGGACUGUUGUACUCUGUCGCCGGGCUUGACCGCGUAAAUCUAUCCAACGCACGCGUCGCAGGCAUGAACGAAGAUCUUGGCUUCGACAUUGGGAACCGGUAUUCCAUCGCCCUGCUGGUCUUCUUCAUUACAUACUGUCUCUUUGAGAUGCCGACUACGCUCCUCCUCCGCCCUAUCGGUCCCAAGAUGCUGUUGAAUGGCCUAGCCGUAAGCUGGGGCGUUGUCAUGCUCGGUAUGGGAUUCAUCAGCGACUGGCGCCUGAUCGUCGUGUGUCGCAUGUUGAUUGGAGUUUUUGAAGCGGGAUUCCUGCCCUGUUGUAUGUUUCUCCUGAGUACGUGGUACCAGCGCUUUGAGAUCCAGCAGCGCGUCUCGUGGUGGUAUCUCAUCAAUCUUUUUGUUUCUGCGUUUGGAAAUAUCCUAGCUUGGGCUAUCGUGAAGCUUGAUGGGACUCAUGGGAUUGCGGGAUGGCGUUGGAUUUUCAUUAUCGAAGGCGCAGCGACCAUUGGAAUUGCGCUGGUCGGAUAUUUUCUCGUAAUCGGCUUCCCAGACACGAUGCUUGCAAGCGGCAAAAUGCAAGGCUUCACUCAGCAAGAGUUGCAAAUCAUACUCGACCGUAUCGAGCGCGAUCGCCGCGACUCAACCCCCGACAGGUUGCACUGGGCCAAAUUCCGCCAGCACGUCACCACCUGGGAGCUCUGGGUAUACGGACUGAUGUUUCUGACGUGCUCAUCGCCCAUCUAUGCCUUUGCAUACUUUAUCCAAAUCAUCCUGGGCACAAUUGUCAGCAGCACCGCCCUCGUCUUCCUACUCUGUGCACCCCCCUACAUAGCCUCCAUCUUCUGGACUGCAGGGUGCGCCUACCUGGCCGACCGCACACGCCUCCGCAUGCCCUGGAUGCUGCUCAACGCCGCCAUUACCUUUGCCGGUCUUCUCAUCGUCGCAUACGCUUCUAACUCCGGCGCUCGCUACUUUGGCGUCUUCCUAGGCGUCAGCGGCUGCAAUGCCAAUCUCCCCACCAUCAUCGCCUUCCAAAGCAACAACCUCCGAAGCGACUCUCGGCGCAGCGUUGGAAACGGCGUGCAAAAACUUGACGUUGGUGUUGUGAUCGGAGGCAUAUACGCCAGCACAACGUUUAUGCAAACCGAGUACCCUUCGUAUCGCACGGGGGUAUGGUGUGCAGUUGCCACGCAGUUUCUGCUAAUCAUCUUGUGCGCAAUCAUGUACUUGCAUUUUCGGCGGGAGAAUCGGAAUGCAGAUGAAGAGGGCAAGAUUAUUCAAGAGGAGGCUUUGUUUAGGUAUACGUAUUGA